GAAUGCUAAAAUUUUGACACAAAAAAAAGAGGUAGCAGGACUCGUAGCUUGUUUCAAUUUGUUGGCCUGUUAAUGGCACUUGUCGAUACAGUGACUAUAUACAUAAUCAUAACAGACGAUAGUGCAAAGUAUAAUAUGUUCAAAGAAUGUGCGACCAAAUAUAGAAAUAUGCCGGCCGGAAAGUUUUCGUUUGCGGCUUAGUUAGGCGGCAGGAAGGACCUGAAAGGACAAACACACACACACACACGCGUUUGCAAUGGAGUAUGGGCGCUGGCUGCUGCAGCUGGGCAUAUUAAAUAUGCUUCUGGCUAUGCGACGCAUUCAGUGUCUACUUGUGACUGACAUCAAUGUGCCAGAAAUUGUUGAUUUUCGUGAUAACGUGACAUUAUCCUGCAGCUAUGACAUAAGUGGUCACACGUUAAAUUCGGUUAAGUGGUACAAAAACGACAGCGAGUUUUUUAGAUAUGCGCCGCUAAUGCAGACCGUUUUCCGUAAGUUUCCCGUGCAGGGCAUUCAAUUGAUCGAUAAUAGCUACGAAUGCAAUGAGUCCUCGUGUCGUGUGGAUCUCAAUCUAUUGGGCAUCAAAUCGACGGGCGUCUACAGGUGUGAAGUGUCCGGCGAUGCGCCCCACUUUAAACUAACAGCGCGUGCGGCCAACAUGAGCGUUGAGGCACUGCCCCAAAACAAUCCGCUUAUCAGCAGUUUUCACUCGAUGUAUCGCUUCGAUGAUUUCGUGCAGGUCAACUGCAGCACAGAUUUUUCAAGUCUCUUGACCACGAUCAGCUGGUAUAUAAAUGGCGUCAAGGCGUCCCAGGUGGAUCUGCAGCCCAGCGUGGAGACAACAAUUGCGGCGCACGAUUACAAUCUGAGACGGAUCGUGUCUCAGCUCAAUUUUUAUGCCAACGAUCCGCGUUUUCAUCAGCUGCAAUUGCAGCAACUGCUGCAGCAGCGACAACAGCAGCAGCAACAACAGCAACAGAAACAACAACAACUGCGCGUUAUUUCGCCGGCCCGUCUGAGUCUCGAGCUGCGCUGCGUCGCCGAGAUCGAGAGCUAUCCGCAACUGACGCGGGAGACCAGUAUGCAGGCGCUGCUCUUUCGGGAUGACAUCGAUCUAAAGAACCAGAAGCAGUUCAAGUCGGCUGCACCCCGCAUCGCUUUGCUCAGCGCUCAGCUACUAUUGGCCGCGACAACCGCAGCGGUGGCCGUCAUCGGCACGCAGUGGCUCUUCAGGCCGCUGACAUUUCAAUAUGGCGGACGGAAGUUGACGCGCUGCAAAAUGGCGACGGCAGCGGCAACGACAGCAACAACAGCUGCAACCGUUAGUUUUCACAUUUAAUUCAGUUUUUAUUUUUGUUCUGUUUGUAAACCGUUUUCUAGCUUUAAGCAACUGAAAUGCACGUGAGAAUUUACAACUAAAAUUAUAUCUGAUAUGUGUGUGUAUUAUGCACAUGUGUGUACAUCACUAUGAGAAAAAGAAGAAAAAAAUAAGUACAGAUAAAUCAACCUAAUUUAAGACGCGGCAAGCUAAACUGUGUAAAUAGUCUGUAAGUAUGCGUAUGCAAUACACAAUUAAAAGUC